AUGCUGCAAAUGCCUUGGACUCAUUGGAGAUGCAGAGAACAUGCAGCUUCCAGGAGCUUCCAGGAGCUUCGUUGGCACAUCGCACUUUUGGGUCGAUGCCAGAAACGAUUCUGCCAGUUGCCGCCUCUGCAACGGCUGAGCGGAACGAAAGGAACUUUGCAGCGGAACAAUUCCCCCGUGGCCAAGACACUGACCGCCAGGUCGGCACACGGUGUGGAAACAGAGUCCAAAGCACGCAGCCGUACCACGGUUCCCAGACGGUUCCCGGACGGUUCCCACUAUGCUCGUGCUGAAUUUCCACGGCUCCCCUACCCAGGAAAGGUCAGCAGUCGAUCAGGCAAAGUGCUUAUAGCAGCACUGAUCUUAGUCUUUAGAUGUCUUUAG